AUGCCGAGCUAUACAAUAACUGUUGCUACUGGGCACCAGUGGUUUGCUGGGACAGAUGACUAUAUCUAUUUGACUCUGGUUGGGACGGAGAGAUGCAGUGAAAGGACUCUUUUGGAUAAACCUCUAUACAACGACUUUGAAAGAGGAGCUGUGGACUCCUAUGACAUCAACGUGGAUGAGGAUCUUGGUGAAAUAGAACUGGUGAAAAUUGAGAAGAAAAAAUACUGGGUGCAUGAUGACUGGUACUGCAGAUAUAUUACUGUGAAAAUGCCCUCUGGAGACUACAUUGAGUUCCCCUGUUUCCGCUGGCUGGUGGAUGACAAAGAGGUGGUUCUCCGUGAUGGAAGAGCGCGACUGCCGCAGGAUGAUAAAACUCGUGUGGCCAAACAACACCGACACAAAGAACUGGAACUCAGGCAAAAGACCUACAGAUGGAAAGAAUGGCAUCCGGGUUUUCCUAUGAGUAUCGAUGCAAACAGGCAUAAGGAUCUGCCUCGGGAUAUCCAGUUUGACAGUGAGAAAGGAGUGGACUUCAUCCUCAACUACAGCAAGGCGAUUGAAAACCUCUAUGUGAACCAGUUCAUGCACAUGUUCCAGUCAUCAUGGGGGGACUUCAGUGAUUUUGAGCGGAUCUUUGUGAGGAUUAAGAACACAAUAUCAGAGUAUGUGAUGCAGCACUGGAAAGAGGACUUCAUGUUUGGUUACCAGUUCCUGAAUGGCUGUAAUCCCAUUAUGAUCCGGAAGUGCACCAAACUUCCAGAAAAAUUUCCAGUGACACAUGAAAUGGUGAAGGACUGUCUGGAGAGAGAGAUGACUCUGGAAGAGGAGGUGGAGGCUGGAAACAUCUUCAUAGCGGAUUACGAGAUUAUGGAUGGAGUGCCGUCCAAUGCUACAGAUCCCUGUACCCUGCAGUAUUUGGCAGCACCUAUAUGUCUCUUCUACAGGAACAGUCAGAACAAAAUACUACCCAUUGCCAUUCAGCUUGGUCAAACUCCUGGGGAGGAUAACCCCAUCUUCCUCCCAAGUGAUUCCCAGAAUGACUGGGUACUGGCCAAAAUCUGGGUCCGAUCCUCUGACUUCCAUGUGCAUCAGACGGUCACACACCUGCUGAGGACUCACCUGAUCUCAGAGGUGUUUGGAAUCGCUCUCUUUAGACAGCUCUCUGCCGUCCACCCUGCCUAUAAAUUACUGUUGCCUCAUAUUCGCUUCACCAUUGCCAUCAAUACCAAAGCCAGGAAACAGCUCAUCUGUGAGUGUGGGCUCUUUGAUAAGGCUAACGGUACCGGUGGCGGUGGCCACGUCCGUCUGGUGCAGAAAGCUAUGAAGACAUUUACUUAUAAGUCUCUGUGCUUCCCUGAGGCCAUAAAAGCCAGAGGAAUGGGCAGUCAGGAGGAUCUGCCCUACUACUUCUACAGAGAUGAUGGAAUCAAGGUGUGGGAUGCCAUCAAAAGUUUUGUGACAGAUGUAGUGAACAUUUACUACCACUGUGAUGAGACAGUGCAGGAAGAUGAGGAAAUUCAAGCCUUUGUUAAAGAUGUGUGCAGUUUCGGCAUGCAGGAUCUGGACAACUGCGGGUUUCCAAAGUGUCUCAAAACUAAAGACCAGCUGGUGGAGUAUCUGACUGUGGUGAUCUUCACAGCCUCUGCACAGCACGCUGCUGUCAACUUUGGGCAGUAUGACUGGUGCUCUUGGAUCCCAAACUCACCCCCCACAAUGCGGAAACCCCCACCCACUGAGAAAGGUCAAGUGGAUAUCAAAUACAUCGUGGAGAGUCUGCCAGACCGGGGUCGGUCCUGCUGGCACUUGGGGGCCGUAUGGGCCCUUAGCCAGUUUCAGGAGAAUGAGUUGUUCUUAGGGAUGUACCCAGAUGAGCAUUUCACUGAGAAACCAGUGAAAGAGGCCAUGGAAACCUUUCGGAAGAAACUCACUGAAAUUUCAAAGUUCAUCAAGAACCGCAAUGAGGGGAAGAAACUGCCAUACUACUACCUGUCCCCAGACCGUAUUCCUAACAGUGUGGCUGUCUGA